UUGUAAAAGUUAGUCGCAGCUGAUCUGCCGGGCAGUAAGGUAUCGAGUGCACGUAUCCGUCAGUUCUUCGUUUCGCGCGAACUAGUAAAGCGUGUGAGAAAUCGUGGCUAGUGUUAUUUUUGACAGUGACCAGAGUGCAGAGAUUGGGAAUAUUUGGCGGAGGACCUGUUUCUACAGCGAAUUGCAGCAGCUCCGAUACUGAUUCCGUGCCGACAUUGGUUUAACCCUCGCGCUUGUCGUGCUGUAAGUGGCAUCGGGUAGGUAUCGGAUCAAUCGGGAAUUCCUUAGAGUUGACGCCCGUCGAAAUGCUGUAAUGGCAUCGGGUCUAGCAUCCGGACCACUCGGGGGAGUCUACCUAUAGUUCGUCAGCCGGGCGCUUCUCCAUCGGAGCAACUGCGGGGAUCUAUUUACCGAACAAUUAGUCCCAGCGUAUAUGACCCUGGAGGGUAGUACACACGUCUUCCAGCUGCAAUUGUUGUCACAGACCUACUUUGGUUCGAAAUUGUUUUGGAAGGCGGCCGGAUCAAAAUUGAAAUUGACGCCUACUAAAGGUGGGAUGAGUUAGGCGUAGGUACAUCCAGGCCUUAUUCACUUGGCUUGGCUCUUACAACCAGUGGUAGCAGUGACAAUCGGCAUCGUAUUGCGAGGGCGUGCCUGACCCGAGGGAUGUCACUUCUGUCACCUCGGGGGGGCCGGAAGGCUUCCAUCCUCUGCUUUGCGGGACUGCUUUUUCUUCUGGUCCUUUAUCAGCUCGGUAUCAUCUGCGGGUCCUCCAAAGAUGGACCGACUUCGGUGAUGAUUGCCAAAGAGAAAUAUGUGAUGGGUGCUUCGGACCACAAAGUCUAUACCUACGACAGAACAAUGCCGUUGAUAUUCAUCGGCGGUGUGCCCAGGUCAGGAACAACUCUGAUGCGAGCAAUGCUUGACGCCCACCCCGAUGUAAGGUGUGGUCAAGAAACUAGGGUUAUACCUCGUAUUCUACAGAUGAGAUCUCACUGGUUGAAGUCUGAACGAGAAAGUAUUAGACUAGAGGAAGCUGGAAUCUCAAAAGAGGUGAUGAACAGCGCGAUUGCCGCAUUUUGCUUGGAAGUGAUCGCAAGACAUGGUGAGCCAGCUCCUCGCUUGUGCAACAAAGAUCCACUCACGCUCAAGAUGGGCUCAUACGUCCUCGAACUUUUCCCAAAUGCAAAAUUCCUCUUUAUGGUACGCGAUGGGAGAGCAACAGUUCAUUCCAUUAUCUCGAGAAAGGUAACAAUCACAGGAUUCGAUCUCACCUCAUACCGACAAUGUCUGACGAAAUGGAAUCACGCUAUUUCCGUGAUGCACGGUCAGUGUAAGGAGGUAGGCGCUGAUAAAUGUCUGAUGGUUCCUUAUGAGCAGUUGGUUCUUCAUCCCAAAGAUUGGAUGAAGCGAAUACUGGCCUUUCUUGAUGUUCCAUGGAACGAAUCUGUGCUUCAUCAUGAAGAGUUUAUCAACAAACCUGGAGGUGUACCUCUCAGCAAGGUUGAGCGGUCAUCGGAUCAGGUAAUCAAGCCCGUAAACCUCGAGGCGCUGACCAAGUGGGUCGGCCACAUCCCGGAUGACGUCGUUCGCGACAUGCCCGACAUCGCCCCGAUGCUCUCGGUUCUCGGCUACGAUCCCUACGCCAAUCCCCCAGUUUACGGAGCCCCGGACAGCUUGGUCAGCGACAAUACCAGAAGAGUCUUAGCUGAGGGUCAAAUAUGGGCAGCGAAAGUAAAGAAGCUAGCACUUCAGGAAAAACCUCUUCAGCCACCAUCUGCGUCUACUAAAGAUUCCAGUGACCUGCCAAAUGCGUGACACCGAGUUUAUAUCCUCUUCGGAAUGCGCCAGCACAACUUGAAUGUGUACAAUUACUAUUAUUACGUUUAACCAGACUCACGAACAGAGUAUCGAAUUUAUCGUCGUUCAUUUCACCCGAAUUAGGACGAUGACCAAGAAGCCUACAAUUAACGCGUCGUAUCCCUGGCAAUAUAUCGCAUUAAAACAUUACACCAUGUUGUUAUACCACUUCCUAAUUAAGAUAUACCUUAUUGGUAAUGUUGGGUAAAAUAGAAGAAGAAGCGAAAAUGUGGCUGUAAAGAUAAACUGAUGCCAAACAAAUUAUACGUAUUGCAAGAUGACACUAAAUUUUUCUUUAUUUUCACUGUGUUAAAGUUGAUACUCAGUUCUAAUACUUUUCGCGUAAAAACUUGAUCCUACUUUCAAAUAUUUCACUUCUCUUUUAUGGCAGUCAGGUGUAAAAACUAUUAUAUUCCAACUAGCAAUUAUACUGAUAUUACCAACAGUUACAAGCAUAUUAAUUUUAGAUGUUUUAAUAAGAUUAUAAUCAAAUUGGGUUCCUCAAUAUUUAGAAGACAAAAAAAUAUGCGGACAUACCCUGUAUAGCUGCGUUUACAAAUGAAAUUCAGUAUUUUUCACUUUGCCCCAACAAUGUUCAACUAAUCAUUACUUAGUAUUCAAUGAAUAACAAUACACUUGAGACACAACCACUAAUCCUGGUUAAAAUUGCGUGAAUAUACAAGUAUGUAGUGAAAAGAUAUACAUAUUAAAACGUAUAGAAAGAUACUAGAUUUUAGUGAAAAUUUUUACGUUUUUACAGUAUUUUCUGCAAUUUCUAUCCUAAUCUGCACGAAAUUUUAAACCAGGAAUCUAAGAGACACAGAUUUUUAAAUAUUCAAAGAUUUUUAGUUGAUCCACAGCUGUGUUACGUACAAUAUUUGAAAAACAUAUUAUCAGUACAUUUAUGUAAACAUACGACAAAAUCAUUUUAUCCACCGAUGAUGUAUAAUUGCACUCCUAGGAUAUAUGAAAUCUUAAUUAUACUGAAUGGUAUACGUCCUCGUAGUCUGACAAAUAUAUUACUGUCGAAUAUUAUCGUAAUUAUUACUAUUAUUGAAACGAAUAUUUUGCCAGGUUACCAUCGUGAUUAAUUUCUACACAAAUAGUCGGCUCCUCUAUUUUGAAGCACACUAAAAUGCAAGGUACUUCAAUAGGCAUAGAAAAGUCAAAAGUAUCGUGGUAUCGACCAAUGGCCAGUAAAUAAUGGUAAAUGUUACGAGGAGAUUACAACAUUUGGCCAAGUACAUCCAGUAAACAUAUGCCCAUAUUGUAAGGCUAAAUUAAUCAAAUUAUACAACAUGAAAAAUAAACUUGAAAAUGUAAAAAAAAAACCUAGGGUUUGGUAUCGUAUUGUCAUAACUUUUAUGUAAACAGCAUAUGUCUGAUGUUUAGUAUAAAUAGACAACUCGUUCAAAGGUUAAUUAAUUAAUCAAAUUUAUUGAAUAACUAUUGAUUAAUUAUCUAUACUUUGAACAAGUUAUCUAUUUACUAAACAUCCGACACAUGCUGUUUACAUAAAUGUUAUGAAAACACGAUCCCAAAUUCUAGGUUGUUUUGUUUACAUUUUCGAGAAUAUUUUUCACGUUCCGUUUCUCAGAACGCAUCUUCUGGUAAUUGUAAAAUGAGAACGUCACUAAUAAUCAAAAUGUGUUUCGUAACAUUUCGUUACGUUUUGCCAUAUAUCAGGUACUUUUAUUAAUUAGAUUUAUGAUUUUGUAAUCAAAUAAAAUACAGUAACAGCAAUAGGGUUUCAAAAUUGUAAAAUAAAAAUGGUAGUACACAUUGCGUAAAAAAGAUGAAUAAAUGUGGACGAUGCAUCCCGAAUACUUAAGAUAAUAAUAAGAAUGUACACAUGAUGGAAAUUAAUGAUUAUCAGGUAAUUAGUGUAUCGCAAGUAAUGCCCCUGACUGUACUGUACAGAACGGUAAUUACCUGUAUAUUUAUGGCUGUUGUGUGAAUCGAAAAGGUUUAUGUAUCCUUAGAAUUUAAAUGAUAAUUGAAAAAAGUGUACCAUUACACAUUAUUCCUCAGAUAGUAUUCGCUAUAUAUUUAUAACGGUAUAUUGGGCAACUGUUCGUCGUACAAUAGGAACAAAACAAUAUUCACAUCGUUCUAGCACUCUUAUAUCUGCAUGUAACAUUGUCCUAAUACCUGCGAUAUUGUAAAUCCUUAUAUUGCGAAAAUAAGUAAAUAAAUUAUUUUAAUAAUAA